CAGGUGCUUUCUGUGUUUUUCACAGACAAAUACUCUGAUUGGCCUGGGUCUUCGCCUGGAUUUGAAAGAAAUCAUUGUAACGCAGAUAAUCUGCUUUUGCUUGAGCAAAUAUGCACGUUUUUUUCUCUAGAGAUAUCCGUAAUGUUCUUCUGUGGAUCUGAUAGUGGAGUGUAGGCUUCGCCACAGAGGUCACAGGUGUUUCUCUCGGGGCAUAACGUGGAGUGAGGGAAAUGGAGGUGAGGUUCAAAGACCUGAAAACCGUCAUGGAGGAAAUGACGAUAUGGGAGCAGCACACUGUAACGCUCACCAAAGACCCUAAGGUGGGCUUCGGCUUUGCUAUCUCUGGUGGGAGGGACAAGCCAAACCCAGUCAAUGGGGACACAGCAGUGGUCAUCUCAGACGUGGUGCCAACAGGCCCGGCUAUGGGCAGACUGCAGACGCGGGAUCAUAUAGUGAUGGUGAACGGAGUGUCCAUGGAGAACUCCACCUCACUCUACACCAUCCAGCACCUCAAGAGCUGCGGCAAAACAGCCAACAUCACUGUGAAAAGGCCACGCACGAUUCAGAUUCCAGCCAGCAACAGACCCACACGUGCUGCCUCACAGUCUAACCUGCUGGACAAUGACCGCUACGAACGGAGACCUCGACGAGGGUCAGACUCCGAGUACGAUCGACGCCCCCGCAGUGUCACACCAGAACGCAACGGGCAUGACCUGCCUCUUAUGUCCGGCUUCAAGAGGCUGCCCAAUCAGGACAUUACAGAGAAACCCAUCAGAACCACACUGAUCAAGAAGAAGCCCACAGACGAGUAUGGAAUGAAGCUAGGGAGUCAGAUUUUUAUCAAACACCUGUCUGCCACCGGCCUGGCUGCUAAAGAAGGCACCCUGCAGGAGGGCGAUCUCGUCCUGAAGAUUAAUGGAAUGACCACAGAGAACCUCUCCCUGCUGGAGACCAAGCACCUGGUAGAGAAGUCCAGAGGUAAACUGACAAUGCUGGUUUUGAGGGACAAAAGAAAGUUUCUGGUCAGUAUCCCUGAGGUGGAGGACAGCCCUGAGAACAGCGCAGAUGAGAGACGCAGGGGUAGCAGCUCUGAACUGGAAGAAAUUUCUGAUCUGGAUACUGACGAUCGACCAAAUAGAGCAUCUCGUCCAGCGACGCGAGAGCGGCGCACACGCAGAAACAGAGAGGCUGCUCCUCACACUAAAGCUCGUGACUCUCCACCACUGCGCUCCACCCUGACACGACCGCCUGCCCAAGCCAAGCCUACACGCAGAGUUUCGUCCGAGUCAGAAUCUGACCGCAGCAACUCUCCUCCUCCGUCUAAACACGACACCCUUGAAAACAGAGACCGAUACAGGGUGCUCUCAGGAGUCUCCGCACUGCCGAAUCCUCGAUCUUCUCCUGUCCCUUACAACUGGGACGGUCCCCGCAACUCCUCAUCAGCCUCACGGCCUCGCCGAGCUGUUUCUGAGUCUGAUUCAGACAGGAGUGCCUCUCCGCCACCCAGACGAGAGAGUCCCAAACCUGAUCCUCACUCCAGAUACAAGGUGCUACCUGACUUUCCACCACCUGGCUUGAAGUCAUCUUCCCUGAGCCGCUCCCAGGAUCUCCUCAACCGCGGCCCAUCCCCAUACAGACCCCCACCACGAGACGAGUCUGAGUCAGACUCAGACCAGAGCUCCGGACCCCCACUCAGACAGGCUACCCCCUCCAACCUGGACUCGCGCAACAGAUACAGGGCCACUCCCGUGGUAGCAGCAGUACCAGUGGUCGAGCCUCCGAAGUGGUCGAAACCCUCCACACCCAUCAAGACAGUUCCCUCAGAGUCCGAAUCAGAUGGAAGCUACCCCUCUGUUCCCAGACCAGAGCAAUCAGCUGUACAAGAGGCUGUUCCUGCGACGCGAGUGCCCUCAGUCAGAAGCCGACCAGAGCUUUACCACAGAGCGCCCUCUCCUGUCAGACCCCCAUCUGGAGACUCCUCAGUGUCUGAGAGAGCACCUUCUCCCCCCAGGAGAUCCGGCAGCACAGAUCAUGACAGUGAUCACAGCUUUCCACAAGCAAACGCCACUCUGCGUUCUAAUAUAUCCCAAACCAGUCACUCCAGGAUGAAUGGUAAGCCAGCAGAGGAGCCGCUUUACUCCCUCCCUCCAGAUGCAGUCCCAACUCCUAACAUAGGGUACAGCUCUGACCAGAACUCGGUGGGCUUUGUUAAGGAGGGGAGCGUGGGUCUGCGGCUGGUUGGGGGUAAUGAUGUAGGGAUUUUUGUAGGAGGAGUCCAGCCUAACAGCCCAGCCCAGAGGCAGGGCAUGAAAGAGGGGGAUCAGAUUCUACAGGUUAAUGGGGUAGACUUUGGUCACUUCACCAGAGAAGAGGCUGCCAUGUUCCUUAUGAAUAUUCGUGCUGGGGAACGCAUAGACAUCCUUACUCAGAAUAAAAUGGACAUUUAUAAGAAGAUAAUGAAGUCCAGCCUGGGUGAUUCCUUUUACAUCCGCACACACUUUGACCACGAGGCAGACAGCACCCAUGGAUUGAGCUUCACUCGGGGAGAGGUGUUCCGCGUGUUGGACACCAUGCACCGCGGCAAACUGGGCACAUGGUUGGCCAUUCGCAUGGGAAAUGACCUCCACGAGCAGGACAAAGGCACCAUCCCCAACCAGACCAGGGCUGAAAGUCUUGCCAGUGUGGAGCAGGCUCAGAGGAUCCAGGGAGCAGAGAGACAAGCCUCAGGCCCCAGAGCAGAGUUUUGGAAAUUACGGGGUCUCAGAGGGGCAAAGAAGAAUGUCCGAAGGACACGUGAUGACCUUCUUCAGCUGACAAUCCAGGGCAAAUUUCCAGCAUAUGAGAAGGUCCUGCUGAGAGAGGCCAGCUUUAAACGUCCUAUUGUCAUCAUGGGGCCACUGAAUGAUAUUGCUAAUGAGAAGCUGGCUAGCGAAAUGCCUGAUGAUUACGAGAUUGCAGAAAUGGUUGCCAGGAGUGGUGGAGAUAGCUCAUCCUCCGUCAUUAAGCUGGACACAGUGAGAAAGAUAGCAGAACAGGACAAGCACCCUCUGCUGGACAUCACACCCACUGCAGUGGAGAGGCUCAGUUAUAUUCAGUAUCACCCAAUCGUGCUGUUCUUGGACCCACACAGUCGCAAAGAUGUGAAAACUAUGAGACAGAGAUAUUCUCCCCACUCCAACAAAAGCUCCCGCAAACUCUACGCACAAGCCUUGAAGCUGAGGAAACACUACAGCCACCUUUUUGCUGGACGUAUUGAUCUGCAGCCAACUUCAAAUGUGUGGUAUGAAAUUCUCAAGAAGAUUCGCCAACAGCAGUCUAAGCCUGUCUGGGUCUCAGAAGUGACGCUGGAGGGUGGUGGUGAUGAGGAACUGGACGCACUCAGCCGCUCCAACAACACCGAUUACCUCAGCGGAGCCAGUGACUACGAGGACACCGAUGGUGAGGCCUAUACAGACGGCGAGGCCUACACAGAUAAUGAGGACCUGGAGGAGCCUGUGUCCAGCCAGCCAGGCACCAUCGCACGCCGAGGUACAGCACUGGCCCGCUCCUCUGAACCAGCUGCCAGACAGACCCCCAGCCCCGAGCCAGCACCGGAGGAGGAGCCUGAAUAUGCCCUGCCACCCAUCCUGCACGUCCCAGAGCCACGAUCCCUGCGCCGCUCUGCACACAACCCCCCGCAGAUGGAAGAGGCACCAUCACCAACCCAGCGCAGCUUCUCUGACUCAGACUUCAGUGCAGACCUUCCUCCACCCACCACCCCCUCUGAGGGGCCGCCGGACUUCAGGGCCCCGGAUCCCACCGAAUUCCCCCCAGAGAGCCCACCACCGGUCACACUCUCUACCAUAGAGAACAAACUACAACAGGCUCGCAUGGCAGAGCCAGAAGAAAAGCCUGUCCCCUCCUACGUUGUGUUGGCACAUCAUGAAGCAAUGCUGAUGCGAAGAACCCAGAUCAGGGGCAGCGACAGUUCAGAGAACGACGAUGAUGAUGACUACAAUGACGAAGAUGAAAACGAUGACACGGAAUGGGGUCCUGCCACAGAGCUCUAAUUCACACACACUGCUACUUUUGUGACUUGCGUGGCCACAUUGGCCAUCAUAUGUAAAUUUUUAUUUUUAUUAUAUGUUUUUGUGGACCUACUCUGAGCGCUCCAGACCCUGGACUGCAUCUGAGGACUGCAGUGGGGAUCUUUUCAUUUGACGCUUUCACGACACUCUUGGACAUAUUUUCAUGAUGAAAUGUUGCCCAGGAGAGCUUGGACAUAUUUUAUCGACUGUAUUAAAUCCCUAUGUGUAUUAUAAACAUGGACUGUUUUAGAAUAAAUACGUUUAACACAAAAA